AUGGCUAUAUUAUCUCUUAUUGAAAAUAUCGAUUUAUUAACUUUGCUUGUCCUUGUGAGUUUAGGAUUAGCAACAUAUGUGGCACAAUUCUAUUUCAACUAUUUCACCAGAAAGAAUCCUCUUCCAGGACCUGUACCAUGGCCAAUUAUAGGUGUGUGGGAAAAUGAUAUAGCAAUGGCCAAUAAAUUUCAAGAAAAAUAUGGAGAUAUCUGGGAGGUUUGGAAGUGGUCUGAAAGACAUAUAUGGAUAGGUCGUGCGGACUUGGCUACAAAGUUACUUAAUCCUUCUUAUUCAAAUAAUAAUUUUCCUUUUCGGACAACCAAAAAUGAAGGCCUUGAUUUAAUGGAUAUGACAUCGAAGGGUGUAGUGUUUAAUCUUAAUUGGAACAGUUGGAAUUUUAACCGAAAAUGUGUGAAUCGGGUUUUGAUGUCACCAAAGUUUCUGAAGCAAUCAGUAGUGUACACUCAAAAUCUCUUUACAGAAAUGGAAAAGCAUUGGUUAUCCCUUGGACUUGACAAAGAAAUAGAUCUUGCAAAAUGGAUGACGAGAUUUAUGAUGGAUUCUACUCUUAUCAUGACGACAAAUAAGAAUUUUUAUGCUUUAGCCAAUUACUAUGAUACGUUUUCUAACUCGAAAUGUUCGAAUAAUCUUUUGAAAGAUUCCGAAAGAUUUGUUGCAGCCAUUAGGACACAUUUUAUAGCGUGCGCUUUUUUUAAAGAUACACCAAAAUACAAACGAAGGUUCUUUCCAAAUUUAAGGCGUCAAGCAAAAGAAUUACUUGAGGAGGUUGCUUGGUUAAACAGAGAAGUUCUUAAAAUUAUUAGAGAGAGGAAACAGGAAAUCGAUAGAACUCCAUUGGAAGACGAAUUGUCCUCAGAUAUGUUGACAAUGUUGUUAACUUUAAAUACUUCUCUUGAUCUUAAUCGAGAAACUGCUGCUGAACCAAUAAGUGAAGAUGAUGUUCGCGCUAUCGUAUACGAUAUAAUUGGUGGUGGUAGUGAUACUGUCAGAAAAGCUAUGCUUAAAGAAUUAGAGACAGUACUUGAAAAUGAUCAAAUUACUUAUGAAAAACUUCAGAAGCUACAUUACUGUGAUGCAAUUAUUAAAGAAGUGUUUCGCACUAUGCCAACUGUACCAGUUAUACUCCGAGUAAAUUCGAAGCCUGAUGAAAUUGAUGGGCAUCAUUUUGAAAGCUCUACGAUGUUUAUGAUCAAUGUACCUGGUGUUCAUAUGCACAGUGCACAUUGGGAUAACCCUCAAAAAUUCGAUCCUCAAAGAUUUAUGGAUAAAAAUAUUGAAGGAAAUAUUUUUGUUCCAUUUGGUGGAGGAGCAAAGAUAUGCCCGGGAAAGCAAUUAUCAAUGUUUCAAAUGAAAGCCUUGAUCGCUUUAUUAUACAGAAAGUACGACGUCGAAUUGGUUGACAUGAACGCUCCUAUAAAAGUAACUUUAGUAGUGGUUGAGACUGAAGCCAUAGCCACAAUUAUAGGGAUGUGCACUUGUAGA